AUGCCCACCGACGCCCCGACCCCCCCGACCGACGCCGAGCGCUUCGAGCUCGAGCUCGAGUUCGUCCAAGCGCUCGCGAACCCGGCGUACGCGCACUUUCUCGCCGUCGAGGGGUUUUUGGAUGACGAUCGACUCAUUCAAUUCAUCCAUCAUCUUCAAUACUUUGAGCGUCCCGAGUACGCGCGAUACGUGCUCUACCCGCACGCCCUGGCGUUCCGACGGGCGCUCACGUCGAGGCGGUUCCGCCGGGCGAUGGCGAACCCGCGGUUCGCGCGACGGUGCGCGGAGACGCAGCGCGCGACGUGGGCGCGCGGACCGGGACGGGGCGCGCGCGACGUCGACGCGUGA